AUGAGCAAGCGCACGAUCGUCGAGUGGUCACCCCACGACGCGUCGCUCUUCGCCGUGGGCGCGGACAAUCUGCGCCUAUUCGAAGCCACAACUGUUCCGUCUUCUGCCAGUGAAUAUGCAGAUACCACACUCGAUCGUGUAACAGCAGCAGCGGUAGCCACAACGCAGCGCAAACGCGCCUUCCGCGUCGUGCGGAUCCACGCCAAAGUAUCGCAGCUCAAGUGUUUACAGUGGUACCCGUUCGACUCCAAGCCCCUGUUAAUCGCCACAGGCACUAGCUCUGGCAAAGUGCUUUUGUGUGACUUUGACGACCCACGGGCUCGAGUCAUGCGCGAGUUUGUACCCAAAUACAGCCGUCCGUGUCACGCGGUGGCUUGGAACCCGUCCGUGUCCAACCAAUUGGCUGCCGGCUUUGAGAAAGUCCGCAGUGACUUUUGUACGCUAGUGUGGGACCUCAACACCUCCAACGCAGUGGGUGGAGCGGCAGGUCCCGCCGCAGCAGCCGCCGCUGGCGCAGCAAUGACCAGCUCUAGCAGUUGCAGCAGUGGAAACAUGGACGGACUUGUGGACCAAGACGGAGGCUUAGAGCGCCCUAUCAGCAGCAGAAAAGGAAGCAGCAAUAGUGGAGCUAGUGCUAGUGUGGGCGUGGCCGCCGGGUCAGCUGGCUUUGCAGCGGUAGACUCGAAACCCGUGCAUGAACUGGCCAACUCCGAGGCAACAAUGGCGUUGUCCUGGGUCCCGCUUCAGCCGACUUGUUUGGCUACCGGAACAGGGUUCAAGUGGCUGCGUGUGUAUGAUUUGCGGGCGAAGGGGUCGUCUCCGAUGAGCGUCGUAGCUCAUAACAAGGCUGUGCUGGGUGUCGUGUUUGAUCAGCAUCGACCACACAUGCUUGCGACGUACAGUGAUACGCCACAGGAACCGGUGAAAGUGUGGGAUAUCCGUCAACUAGACUCGUCGUCUGGACCACUGCUUUCGCUGUACCAGACGAGCAAGAAUCUGGCACAGGUGUCAUGGUGCCCGUCUGAGCCUGGCGUGCUUGUGACGGCGUCGACGGAAGAAAAAUGGGUGUCGUUGUGGGAUGUUACCAAGCACGAGAGCCGACCUUCGAUGCUGAAGAAACCGUUUCGUCGACGCUAUACGUCGGAACCGCUGACAUCUUUUUCGUGGCAGCAUGUGGAUUCGCCAUCGCAAAUGCAGUGCGCGACGGAUAGUGGAAGAGGUAGCAAUGCACAGAAAGAGCAACUGACGGCGGCAGCGUUUCCAAAUAGGUUGCUGACUGCAUCAGUAACCGGUGAGCUCGGCGAUAUCUCUGUGCAUGAUGCCAUGCCGCUAUCACUAUCGUCUCAUGGGGCGGUGACAUUCGGAUGCGGUAGACUACUCUUUGGCGGUUCUGUCAGCGGACCUGGACUGGGGACUUCGGCUGUAGCGAGAUUGACAUUGGAGGAAGAGAUUAGCUCGGGUCCCCGUGUCGAAGAGGACAUUUCGAAUGAAAUGUACAAGCUUGCAAAGCAAGGCUACUCCAUCGGACUUUCCAAGAAUCUCAAGCUGUUCAACGAGGCGACCUCACGAGGUCGACAGCUACACCAUUUGUGGCUGUGGGUCGACCAAGUUGAGGCAUUGCGCCGACUUCGAGCUUCGCGUAUAGAGCAAUCGCGCGCUGCAAACAACGGCCUUGGAAACAAUGCGGCCAACACUGCAAUGGCCGGUCCGUUGCGCGGGUGGCCUGUUGACUCGAAUGCCCUUGCAAUUGCAGGUGUGAAGAAUUUGUUGACAGUCUGUGGAGAGCAAUCUGCCAUUGCUCAGCCUGCUCCUCGUGGACAUGCUGGCACUGUUCAAGAAGAGUCCCGAGAGGAAGAAACGAUUGUCGCAAUUGCAUCUGUCGCGAAGGUGGAUCAGGUUCUUGGCUGUCAGUACUUUGAAGGGCCUGGACGACGACUGAGCUUGCUAGCAUGCAACUGGGAUCCUGACAAUGGUCAGGGCGGGUCCCGCGCGUCAGCGGGCAUAAGUGGACCCGACCCUGACAGCGCCGCAGGGAGGAAUAUACAUCGUAGCAGCUCGAACAUAUGGUACUCUCAGAAGAAGCAGUCCGAUGAAGCGGCGCAGUCCAGUAAUCGCUCGUGGAAUGAGAAUGGUCGACACGAGCUGCAAAACAUUUUGAACCGAUGCGAGUUGGAAGGCAAUUAUGCUCGAGCAGCGGCACUGGCGGUUUUUCAUGGGGACCUUAAUGCAGCAGUGGCGCUUCUGCAAAGAGGAGCGAUGUGGAUGACUCAAAUGCAGCACCUGAACGUCGGUGUCUCGUCGCCUUAUACGCCUGACUUGUUGCAGCUGAUUGCGAUGUCUGUCGCAGGGUAUUCGUCGUCCGUCACAUGUGCGGGUGGGUUGUCUCUGUGGUUGUCCAUGACACAGCAAUUGUUAAAGCGAAGUGAGAUCAUGUCCCAGGCAAACCCUCGGUAUUUCCACGCGAUGCUUUCCUUCCUGUGCGUCACGAGCUCGUCGUGUUCGUCGAGCACGGCAAACUCGAAUGCUAUACGAACAACUCAGCAACCACCGCGACGCCCGAUCAGUCGUAGACAAUGGGGAAGCGUCGAUGGGCUAGCGGCUUUUGCUGCUCGGCCUGCAAGUGCUGGCGCGUACUUCGCGAUUCUCCACGAUGUCACGCUCCCGCUGAGUGAUCGGCUUGCGUUCGCUUGUCGAUAUCUCCAGGCCGACGACUUGCUUGCGUUUGUCAAUCAGCACGAAAAGGAGAGUGAGCAGUGUGGUCGUCUGGAAGGAUUGCUGGUAACUGGAAUCAACGCCGAUGGCAUCAGGCUUUUGCAGACGUACUUGGACAUGACGGGCGACAUCCAGACGCUUGCACUGCUGGCUGCGCGACUUCCCUCUUCGCACAAGGCAAAGUCAUCUUCGAUGGAGAAGUGGAUCCAGAUAUACAAAGAUUUGCUGAAUCAAUGGCAGCUUUUCCAUGAGCGAGCUCGAUUCGACGUGGGCCGUUCGCAGCUCGAGGACCUUCUCAAUGGCUUUGCCAGCGUCUCGCGUGACUGUGAUGCCGACGACCAUCAUGCGGAACUUCCGAAACCAUCAGCGCUUUCCGUCCCACCCCAAUUGUUUGUGCGAUGCAACUUUUGCAACGCAUCGCUGUCGCUAGCGUGCUUGCUUCGACUCGGAGGCUCGCACUCGUCAUGGCUGAAUCGUGCCAAACCCAAGCUGACGUGCUGCCCGACAUGUCGGAAACCGUUGCCACAGUGCGCGCUAUGCUUGCUCCCGUUUGGAUCGCUCAACCCGUACUUCGAAUUGGCUCAUCGCCGCUCAAGGCAAACAUCAGAUGCAGUGAACACAUUGGUGACCAGCGUAGCAGCCGAUUAUGGAGGUGUGCUCAAGGAGCCCAAGACAGGCAAGAACGAACUGGUUCAGAACGCAUACGGUGUGCCCUGUGACCGACUGCAACUGCCAGUGCCAGCACUUGGACUUGCGGAUCGUGGGCGACGACAACCAAACGACGAUCAUCGAGCACCAGCGAUCCAGCAUCGCAGCUUUGGCUGCCCAACGUGCAGCAUCGAAGGAAAAAAGAGUCUACAGCAGCAGCAGCACUACCAUCCGCAGAAUAUGCAGGAUAUGAAAGCACCGUUGCGCGCUGGUAAAAAGAUGUUUCUGGACAAGCAACAGCAGCAAGUGCCACUGGAAUCGCAAAACUCGCAGCACAAUUUCUCGAUGUCUUCUACUAUCGGAACGGGCUCCACGUAUCGCUCCUUCUCUUCCGCUCAAUUGAGACCAAGUGGCUCAAGUAGCGGAUACCCACCGCCUUUUUCGCUCUCAGGAAGUAACUCCGGAGCAAACCUGUUGAGUGGGGUCAACGCGGUUGGUGCGGGCAGCAACGUCGGCAGCGGAUCAGUAAGCGACGGUAUUUCUCUCGGCAACAAACUCGAUCAAUUGGAAAAAGACAAGAGCAGCAGCAGCAGCUACCAGUACAUGUGA